AUGGCGCCGGGAGGGGGAGGAAAUAUUAAGGUGGUGGUGAGAGUACGGCCCUUCAAUAGCAGAGAAAUUGAUCGCGGGGCAAAAUGUAUCGUGCAAAUGAAAGAUCAACAAACUCUUCUUACUUCACCACCCGAUGCCGAAGAGCGAAGUCGAGGUGGAAAAGCGAACAAGGACACCGGGUUGAAGGUCUUUGCUUUCGAUAAAUCAUACUGGUCGUUCAAUCGUGCCGACCCUCAUUAUGCCGGACAAGAUGACCUACAUAAUGAUCUUGGGAAACCUCUCUUGGAUAAUGCUUUUCAAGGAUACAACAAUUGCAUUUUUGCGUACGGACAGACUGGUUCUGGAAAGUCAUAUUCGAUGAUGGGAUAUGGGAAGGACCAGGGUGUUAUUCCAAAAAUUUGUCAAGAUAUGUUUGAACGGAUCGGAACGAUGCAGGAGGACAAGAACGUCAGGUUUACUGUUGAGGUGUCAUAUUUGGAGAUCUAUAAUGAGAGGGUGAGAGAUUUGCUGAAUCCAAGCACGAAAGGGAAUCUUAAGGUCAGAGAGCACCCUUCUACAGGUCCAUACGUGGAGGAUCUGGCCAAGUUGGUGGUUAGCAGCUUCAACGAGAUUGACCACCUGAUGGACGAGGGAAACAAGGCCAGAACGGUCGCGGCGACGAAUAUGAACGAGACAAGUAGUAGAAGUCAUGCCGUCUUCACCCUUACCCUGACCCAGAAACGACUGGACACUGAGACCAAUAUGGCCAUGGAAAAAGUUGCAAAGAUUAGUUUGGUGGAUCUGGCUGGUUCUGAACGAGCAACUUCGACCGGUGCCACAGGAGCUCGUCUAAAAGAAGGUGCCGAGAUUAAUCGAUCGCUAUCAACACUUGGUCGAGUCAUUGCUGCACUGGCGGACUUGUCAGAAUCCAAGAAAAAGAAAGGCGGAAAACCAACUCAAGUACCAUAUCGAGACAGUGUCUUGACAUGGCUGCUGAAAGACUCCUUGGGGGGUAAUAGUAUGACAGCCAUGAUAGCGGCCAUCUCCCCAGCGGAUAUCAAUUUCGAUGAGACUCUCAGUACCCUUCGUUAUGCAGACAGCGCAAAGAGAAUUAAGAACCACGCUGUGGUGAACGAGGACGCCAAUGCUCGAAUGAUCCGUGAAUUGAAAGAAGAGUUGGCUACACUUCGAAGUAGGCUCAGCGGAGGCGGUGGGGCGACGGAAGAAGUCUAUGCCGAGGGAACGCCGUUGGACAAACAAAUCAUUAGCAUUGUGCAACAGGAUGGAACAGUCAAAAAGGUUUCAAAGGCAGAGAUUGCGGAACAACUCAGUCAGAGUGAGAAGCUGUAUUCCGAUCUGAAUCAGACCUGGGAGGAGAAGUUACAGAAGACCGAGGAAAUUCACAAAGAACGAGAGGCGGCAUUAGAGGAGUUGGGCAUUAGCAUCGAGAAGGGGUUUGUGGGGCUGCAUACGCCGAAGAAGAUGCCACAUCUUGUCAAUCUGUCAGAUGAUCCUUUACUGGCAGAGUGCCUGGUAUACAACCUGAAACCCGGGACCACUACCGUCGGUAAUGUCGAAUCCAAGGCAGCUAAUCCCUCUGAGAUCAGGCUCAACGGCAGCCGUAUUUUACAAGAACACUGUACCUUCGAGAAUGUUGACAAUAAAGUGACGUUGGUACCGAAGGAGGGAGCAGCUGUCAUGGUAAAUGGAAAACGAAUCACAGAAGAAACGCGUCUACGGAGUGGAUAUCGUGUUAUUCUUGGAGACUUCCACAUCUUCCGGUUCAAUCAUCCUAUGGAGGCUAGAGAAGAACGAGCACAGCAAAGUCUAUUACGGCAUUCCAUGACCGCGAGCCAGAUGCAGGAGCACUGUGAAAAGAUUUCCCCAUCCCCAAGUCCUAUACCUAGACAUGAAAGGUCGAUCAGCAAAGCAACAUCGGAAGCUGACUGGGAAAGCAGUCGGCCUGACUCCCCAAUGCCCUCUCAACGAGGAGGUCGUGAUUCCGACUGGUCCUUUGCUCGACGUGAGGCUGCUAGUGCGAUUCUUGGUCCAGAUCAGAAAAUCGCUGGUCUUACCGAUGAAGAGCUAAACAUCCUAUUCGAGGAUGUGCAGAGAGCGAGAGCUGAGCGCGCUGGCCGAGAGAUGGAUGAUGACAUGGAUUCGGUGACUUCCUACCCUGUUAGGGAAAAAUACAUGUCGAAUGGUACUCUGGAUAAUUUCUCGUUGGAUACCGCUUUAACGAUGCCAUCAACACCUAAGCAGGGCGAGGUGGAGGAUAAGAUGAGGGAAGUAAGGGAGGAAAUGCAAACCCAAUUGGACAAGCAGAAAGAAGAAUAUCGGGAUCAAUUGAAAACAGCUGAAGCUGCGAAUGUGGAAGUUGAAGAGAUCAAGAAGGAGAAAGCUCGGAUGGAGGAGAAUCUCCGAGAAGUUAAGGAAGAGAUGCUGAAGCAGCUGGAAGCCCAACGGAAGGAGUUUGAAGAAAAAAUUGAACAGAUGGCAUCCUCGAAGCCGAAACCUAAAGGUCGGACGCCGUUGUCCGAGGCAGAGGUGGCUAUUGCAAAGAAGGUCGUGGAUCAUUGGCGAGGACGGAGGUAUGUUCGUAUGGCGGAAGCCGUCCUCCAAUCUGCGGCCAAUCUCAAAGAAGCACAAGUCAUGAGCCAAGAGAUGGAUGAAAGUGUCGUCUUUCAGUUUACUAUUGUCGAUGUUGGACAUGACAUGUGUUCGUCCUACGAUAUGGUCCUCAAUGGUAUCUCAGGAGAAGGGGACGAUCAAUUCCUCGAGAGCACCGCAAAACCUUGUGUAGGUGUCCGGGUCAUGGACUAUAGGAAUAGUGUCGUGCACCUUUGGAGCUUGGAAAAGCUACAAGAUCGUGUCAGGCGCAUGAGGCAGAUGUACCAGUACUUGGAUCGACCACAGUACCUCCAGCAUUUCCAGCUGGACAACCCUUUCACGGAGACUUGCAUGCCGGAGUAUACCCAUAUUGGCGAUGUUGAUGUACCACUCGCAACGGUCUUCGAGAGCCGGGUUCAAGACUUCAGUCUAGACGUUCUCUCACCGUACACUUCGCACGCCAUUGGUAUCAUUAAGCUUUCACUGGAGCCGUCAUCAGCACGAGCACCGUCAAGUACUCUGAAGUUUAACGUCGUCAUGCAUGAUAUGGUAGGUUUCGCAGAGCGUGAGGGUACAGAAGUUCAUGCUCAGUUAUUCAUACCUGGCAUAUCUGGAGAAUGUGGCGUCACAACAACACAGAUGAUUAAAGACUUCGACGAGAGCGCGAUCAGAUUCGAGAGCGUUCACAGCAUGAGCGUGCCGAUGUUUGGUCCCACGGACGUGUCAUUACGCAUCGCUAUCUACGCAAAGGUUUCUUCAAUGCAUCUUGAUAAACUCGUUAGCUGGGAUGACAUGCGAGAUAAUGUUCCCAAACCUCAGCAGAAGCGGAAAAAUGCGCGCAUCUCGGAAUCUCAAUUCUAUACGGAGGAGAAGCACGAUGUCUUCGCAAGGAUGCAAAUACUUGAGCUUGCUGAGACUGGGGAUUACCUCCCGGUAGAAGUUAUUCAGACGAGCGACACUGAUAUGGGGACAUAUCAACUGCAUCAGGGUCUUCAACGCCGGAUCGUGAUCCACUUGACUCACAGCUCCGGCGAUGCCCUACCCUGGCAAGCUAUCUCGAACUUGCGGGUCGGACGCAUUCAACUCGUCGAUCAUGUCGGGAAGUCGCCUGGUCUGAGCUCUGCUACGGACGAAAUCCCCCUGAAACUCGUCUCUAAACCGAUGGUCAAGCAAAAUGCUAAUGGCACCAGCGACGUGACUGUAAUGGGACAAUGGGAUUCCAGCGUGCAUGGCUCAUUGCUCCUUGACCGAGUCACCUCUGAUAAACAUAAAGUUCAGAUGUCACUCCUUUGGGAUGUGACGUCCGAGAAGCUUGCUGAGCCAAUGACCUUCUGUAUCAAUGUGUGCUCUCAGAUAAUCUCGAGGUCCUACGUACGGUCCACAAGCAUGUUCGCCUCGCUAUUUCAGAACGUGAGAAUUGUACAUUCCAUGAGCGGGGUCUUCACGAUAGCGGUCCGACCGACGCCCGUGAAACGAGCAGGUGAUCUGUGGCGGAUGAACACGCAAAACGAUUAUGUCAAGGGUGAAGAGGGAUUGACAAAUUGGACGCCCAGAGGUGUAUCGCUCAUCCGCGAUUACAUCGCCGCGAAGCGUCGGAGAGUACGGUUUGCAGAACUGGAUGCAGCACGGCCCCUUCUGCGCAAGAUCGAUUACCCCAAACGCUCCAUGGUUGUUGCGAAUGGUCAUGCGAAUGGUGAUAAACACGGCGAUAGCAAUGGCGAUGCGAAUGGCGAAUCACAAGAUCGCCCACUUCCGGAGCACGAGAAGAAGAUACUGGAGAAGUACGUAGGCUUGUGGAAGCUCUGCCACGACCCAAUCACCAGCAUAUUGACACCAUCCAACGUCGAACCGCCUACCAACGGUGCCCCUCCCUCCAGACGCCAUCCAAAACCAACCCCUAUCCACCACCCCCCGACCUCUGACGAUGAGGAGGAAGCACAACGCCAACCGAUGUUCCUGGCGACCGUCACCUCCGUCCCCAAGAACGCGACGAUCCUCAAAGGCGGCUACCUCUUCACCCCCUCGGCCGACUCUACACGGUGGGUACGUCGGUUCGUCGAACUGCGACGUCCGUACCUGCACAUCCAUUCCGUGCCGGACGGGGAAGAGAUCUGCGUCGUGUCCCUCCGCAACUCGCGCAUCGACCACUCGCCCCAGAUCGCUAAACUGUUGCAGCGGGAGGGGGCGGGUCGGGCGUCGAACGGCGCUGGGAGGGUCCGCGGGGGAGAGAGCGACGCGGGCAGCGUCUUCGCGGUCUACGGCACGGAUAAUACGUGGCUGUUCAAGGCGCGCAGCGAGCGCGAGAAGGUGGAUUGGAUCUUCGCCAUCGACCAGGCCUAUUUCGGGGGCGGCAUGGGGCACGGGGGCAGUGAUGAUGAUUGA